AUGAUGUAUCAUCUCGAGGGAAACCGAUGCAAGUCACGCUUCAAUUCCGCGUUCUUCGCUAGAGCACUAUCCCAGCACCGUCAUACAAAUGAUCAGACCGGCCUGAAUAUGACAUGUCCGGGGUGCGAGGUUGAAUUCGAGACUCUGUCCCUUCUGUUCCGCCACAUGGAAUCGAGACUCUGCGUACUGAGGAACUGGCAACAAGCAACGGGCCUGAGUCAUCUCCUCUUCAAAGUGAAGCAAGAAAUCGAUGUGGCCAACAGGACUUGCAACAUGUGCAAAAGACUGUUCGACUCUGAAGCCGGUCUUUUUGAUCACCUGCGACAUCAACACGAGAACACCCUCUGCCGAACGUGUGAUAGGGUUUUUCGCGACACGGAAGAAUGGCAUAAACAUAUCAUCUCACGCACGCCGAUCAAAGUUCGGGCUUCCGUCUGCGCCAUGUGCCAGCCCUCGAUUGCUUUGAAUAUGGAAAAGCAUUACAACGACUAUAUGUGGCACUUCCAUAACAAAUGCGCGCCUUGUGGAUUGAACUUCGACAAUAAGCAGGAACGGUUGGUUCACGGGGCUGUGGCUCAUCAUAGAUGCCCUGACUGUUUCCAGUUCUUCAUGUGCCCAGAUGACCUAUGCAAGCACUACAAAGAGCUUCAUGGGGUCAACCCUCUUACUCUGGUCAAACCGGCCUUGCCGACGGUUCCGGCUGUACCUGUGAAGAAAGAGUUUCCAACGAUCACUUCUCCUCCAACGGUUCCUUCCAUUCCGACCGCCGUUACCCAGGUUAAAUCAGAGGCAAGCCCGGAAACUCCUGUGGAGAAAGUUGCUUCUCCGAAGGAGGUCAAGCCUCCCGCAAAAACCCAAGGGUCCCGGAUCAAGUGUGCGACAGCUCAAGCGUCGGUUAUAUUCGAGACAUAUCUACCGAGAAGCGCUGUAGCAAAGGCCGCGCCGAAGAGGAAGAAGAUCCAGAUGGGUACGAGCCAGAGUUUGACUACUAGUUUUCUGGUUUCCAAGGCAUGA